AUGGGCAAGACAUCACUGGCCCUUCUAUGCCUCCUUGGCUUAGCCCUAGCGCAUCUCUCCCAUGCCCAAAACACCCCACAAGACUACCUUACCGCCCACAACGCCGCGCGGGCAGAGGUUGGAGUCCAGCCCAUGACAUGGGACAAAAAGUUAGCUAACUACGCAUCGCAAUAUGUUAGUGAGAAGCUGAUUGGUGACUGCAAUCUUGAACACUCAGGAGGGCCUUAUGGUGAGAACCUGGCUGCAGGGGGUGCUACUGACUUUGAUGGCGCUGAUGCAGUGAAGAUGUGGGUGUCUGAGAAGCCUUAUUAUAACUACGACUCUAACUCAUGCGUUGGAGGAGAGUGUGGACACUACACUCAGGUUGUGUAG